UUUUGGCUCUCUCCUCUCUCGAUCGGCACCAAACGCACGAAUCGAAGAGAGAGAAAACACCAGAGAGAGCGAGAGAUGGAUCCAGAUGCAUUGGCGAAGGCGUUCGUGGAGCACUACUACUCCACCUUCGACGCGAAUCGGGCGGGAUUGGCGAGUCUGUACCAGGAAGGAUCUAUGUUGACCUUCGAAGGCCAGAAGAUCCAAGGCUCUCAGAACAUCGUCGCCAAGCUCACUAGCCUCCCCUUUCAGCAGUGCAAGCACAACAUCACCACCGUCGAUUGCCAGCCCUCUGGUCCUGCCGGUGGCAUGCUUGUCUUCGUCUCCGGCAAUCUCCAGCUAUCCGGCGAACAGCACGCCCUUAAGUUCAGCCAGAUGUUCCAUUUGAUGCCGACGCCACAGGGAAGCUUCUACGUGUUCAACGACAUAUUCAGGUUGAACUAUGCCUGAUGAGAAGAAGAAGCGCGCACACACACAGUUGCUGGCUUGGUGGGUAUAUAUAUAUACACAUAUAUAUUCCCUCAACAAGUCGAAGGAUUGGUAUUUAUAAUAUGACCUGAUCGGUUUCAGUCUUUUGGAUUUGGAAACUAAACUGUUUACUACUCUCUCUCUUUUCAAUUGGGUCUGUCACAUUAUUGCGUUCCAAGAAGAAAAAAAACGGGACGAAUCCGUGUCUUAUGAGAUUAUUAUAUGCUCGGCUGAGUUGCUGAA